AUGGAGAAAAAAAGGAAAUUGCCCGCACGCGCUGCCGCUCGGGUUGAACAGGCAGCGAAGAGGAGGAACACUACGCCUCCGCAGAGAUCAGCAACCCCGGCAUCCGCCCCUGAACCGGAGCCCACUCCAGUCGAGGAGCCUCCUGCUCCUCUACCCAAGUCUAUCACGGCCGGCAAGCCCCUGCCGACGGUUGAUUCGCCCCAACCAGACGAUCUCUCAAACAAAGACUACCAGAGCGUAACAGAAAGCGAGGGAAUAUUUGAGAAGUACUGGUCAAAGCCCACAAAGAGGAAGGGCGUUGUGCACGAAGAGCCAAACAACCCACCAAAGGAAAGCAUGACAAAGCUUGGCCAGGUGACGAUCACUGUCGAGCCGCAUGUCUUCGAGGCAACCAUGUUCGCAGUAAAAGAUCCGAAACCUCCGCCGCCAGCCCCCCCAGCGAGCGAACGACCCAUAAUACAGUACGGGCCUCCCAACGGAGUUAUGCCUCCCCCGUCUACCCCAAAACCCAUAACCCCUAGCGGGUCGGCGACCCCAGCUCCGGCACCGCCCCAGCCGCAGACUCAGUCUCAGCCACUAACCGAGACCAAACCCCUAACUCCGGUACAAUCACAUACUCCGACUCAGACACCGACCUUACGUACCGCACAGCUCGCCGUUGGGCAGCCCACACCUGACCUGACACGGUCAACCCCAACACUUCCUGCUCCGGUGUCGAGGCCGCCAGUUGCCUCGCCUCGGGGAAUGGAGUCAGUCCUGUCACCCGUCACGCCACUGGUCCCCCAAGGUCCCGUCCCCCAACCCCAGCCAUCACGCCCGAUACCCUCCCCGAGCACCACUGGCCUGUCUGGGGCAACAGUUCUGUCAGCCCCAGCUCCUACAAAACCUGCCGCGACAUUUAGCCAUCCCCCAAUGAAUGGCGCACCGACAGCGCCCCCUGCAAAUGCACCAGGAAAGCCGGCACCGGGCACUGACCCUAUCAUACUCACACUGGCGGAGAAAGCUGGAAUGGAUCCGCAAUUACGAGACCUGAUGAAGCGCGUGGCACAGGGAGAGGCAGCGAAACAUGAACUCGAGCGGUUUCAAGCAAUUAUCGACGCUAUCACCGCCGAAAGCAAGAGGAAGGGAAGCACAGCAGGUCCGUCUGCCGACAGGCUUCUGGUUGACGGAAGGACUGUGCGGUACUUUGCGGACGAGGUCCGUACCAUCCUAGAUAUUGUUUUAUCGUCGAACCCGAAACAGACUUCGGCCAAUCUGCAACCCCCGGCAGGCAGCGAUCCUUUGGUCGUCAUGCUGGUCAAGACAGCGCUUGACGACCUCCGCACGCGCGAUAUGGUUCGGCGCAUUGCCGAGAACAAGCCACAUUUCUCCGAUGCUACAGACCUCCAGGCUAUCUUAGAGCGCUUGCGAGCCAACAUCGUCAGAGACAGGGAGCAGCCCCAACAACAGACACAGACGCCAACACAGGUGCCGGCUACUGCCUCGCCAGCACCUUUCAAACCCAACAACACCCCCAAUGGCCAGGCAAUCCCUUCAUCACCAUCAACCGCCCAGCAGCAACAGCAACCUCCGCCACAACAGGCCCUCCGCUCCAAAGGACCACCGCCGCCGCCGGCGAAACCAGACAUUUCAGCCAUCGUCUUGGAGUUCGCCGGCGGGACAGGCGACAGGUACCUGUUCCCCAAAUUCAGCCUGCUUGAAUACGUGCCCGUCGCUUCGGGCCAGCAGGUAAUAGCGUCCUUUUUGCUCGUGCGCAAGGGGAGCAAGGCCGAGUACCCAAUGGCAGACCCUGAGCUGGAUUACUAUCAGCCGGUGACGAUAAGACUGUUCACCCACACGGGCCGGCACCUAGAGCACCUCGCGCGGGUGGUGGCGCCGCGCGAAGAGGUGCUUCGCUACAUGGACGAUGUCAUGAGCAAAAUGACACGGGCAGAGUAUGUCCUCCUCGCAAUGAGGUUGCCCAGGAGUGAGGCGUCGGCGACGGGGCACGAGGACGAUAAGGAUACGGGCAAGGAAAAAGAAAAGGAUAAAGAAAAGGAGGUCAAUGGGGCAUCCGUAAAGGGAGCUGAGGAUGGAACGCCGAUUGAGCAACAGCAGCAGCAGCAAGAGAAACCUUUCCAGCAGCCCGGGGUGCUGUGGAAGACGAAGCCACUGCCGAAACCCGAGAUGAGGGAUUUGCCGCCAAGGUCGAAAACGGGGACCUAUGGCAAGUUAGCGCCGGCGAUGGAUGAAGAUACCCAGUACCAGGGGUUCAUCAAGUCGAUAAGUCGCAAGGAGGCCGAGGCAUGA